AUUUUUUUAAAUAGCCCGGAUAAUAACACACAUGGAAUUGUGACUCUAUUUACCCAAUGCGCUAAAAGAGUAGAGAACCAGCCGUUUAUUUUCAUUGAGGAGUAUUUGUUUAUUUUCAUGAACUAGACAGAAGAAGCUAUUGCCAUGACAACAGACGAGGCGACAGAGAGCCAGCAUCAGAAGAAGCCCAGCCAGCAGGAGGCGGAGCAGCAUCAGGCCACGCCUCCUGACCACGGACCCUCUGAGUCCCAGGCCGCCACCAGCCCCGCCACCUCGCCACAGAGCACUGGCUCGCCCUCGUUCUCCUCUCCCCAGGAGGAGGUGCAGCUGAGACCCCGCCGGCGCACCUCAGCCGGCCGCGGCCUCUCGCGCCUCUUCUCCUCCUUCCUGAAGAGGCGUUCCCAGUGCGAGGAGGACGGGGGAGAGAAGGGGGAGAAAGGAGGGGACGGGGAAGAGCCCAAGGCGCCCAUCGCUGACUGUGAGCCAGAGCUCAAGAUCGAGGGUGAUCAGAACCUUGACCUGCACUCACUCAGCAGCAACGAGGCGCAGCUUGUCCAGGUAGACCAGAAGGAAGACCCCGAGAAAGACUCUGAGGAAGAGGAGGGAGAGACAGAUAAGGAGAAAAGAGAAGAGGACGGUGCCCGGGGGAAGGAGAAAGAGGAGGAGGAGCCUGAGGGAGAAGGAGAGAAAGAGGGAGUAGAGAAGACAACAGAGGAAGACGCUCAACCUCCUAAGCCUCCCCGUCGACCCUUGAUCAUGCAAAUUAAAGUUACUCUGCUGGACGACACUCUGUUUGAGUGUGAGCUGGAUAAACAUGCCAAAGGUGUGGAGCUGUUCACCAAGGUGUGUGACCACCUCAACCUGCUGGAGAGAGACUACUACGGCCUGGCCAUCUGGGAGUCGCCCUCCAUGAAGACCUGGAUGGAUUUCACCAAGGAGAUCCGCAGGCAGGUUCAAGGUAUUCUUGGAUCUAUCACAUCCGUCAGUGAUUGGGAGUCUCGUAGGGUGGCAUACAAUUGGUACUACCUGUGUCUCCAGCUACGUAAGGACAUCCUGGGUGGCCGUCUACCCUGCUCCUUUGUCACGCUGGCCCUUCUGGGUUCCUACGCACUGCAGUCAGAGCUGGGGGAGUAUGACCCAGAGACACACGCACCAGACUACGCCAAGGACCUGAGGCUGGCCCCGGGACAAACCAAGGAGCUAGAGAAGAAAGUUAUGGAGCUGCAUAAGACAUACAGGUCAGGAGGGGUUUUAAUACACGAUCUAGAUGGAGUGGAUAUUAUGCUGGGUGUGUGUUCUGGGGGUUUGAUGGUCUACAAGGACAAGCUGAGGAUCAACCGUUUCCCCUGGCCCAAAGUGCUCAAGGUCUCCUACAAACGCAGCAGUUUCUUCAUCAAGAUACGCCCCUCAGAGCUGGAGCAUUACGAAAGCGCCAUUGGUUUCAAACUGCCAAACUACAAGGCCUCCAAGAAGCUGUGGAAAGUGUGUGUGGAGCAUCACACCUUCUUCAGACUGACCUCUACUGAGGUGGCUACCACUCCCAGGAAGUUCCUAGCACUGGGUUCUAAGUUCCGCUACAGUGGGCGGACCCAGGCUCAGACCCGCCAGGCCAGCUCUAUGAUUGACAGGCCAGCCCCCCUGUUCCAACGCUCGGCCAGCAAGAGGAACUCACGCAGCCUGGACGAAGCCAUGGUGUCCACUCCAGACAAGAGCAUCCUAUUUAGUCAGUGCUCCCAUUAUGUCCCACUAUUUAAUCCAGGGAUGCCACAUUCGCCCCGAGACAGAACCGGCACGGAGGCGGUGCGCGUGAAGAAGAAAAGAGCUAAGAAACUUGAGGGUCAAACUAUUUAUAUCAGGCAUAGCAAUAUAAUGUUGGAGGACCUGGAUAAGACCCAUACAGAGAUCAUGCGUCACCAUACCAGUAUCAGUGAGCUGAAGAGAAGCUUCAUGGAGUCUGUUCCAGAGCCGCGGCAGAGCGAGUGGGACAAACGCCUGUCCACACACUCACCCUUCCGCACUGCCAGCAUCAACGGACAGCUGCAGUCAGGCACUGACGGGUCUAACGUGGUGAAAACACAGACCAUCACCAUCUCAGACGUGUCUAACUCCCUACGAGGAGACGUCUAUAACAAGGAGGUCCCCAUUGUGCACACUGAGACCAAGACCAUUACCUACGAGUCAGCGCAGCCCGUAGACAGCAUGGCAGAGAGGGACUCUGGAGUGCUGUUGAGUGCCCAGACCAUCACCUCAGAGACAGUCAGUACAACCACCACCACUCAGAUCACCAAGACAGUGAAAGGAGGGAUCUCAGAGACUCGCAUUGAGAAGAGGAUUGUGAUAACUGGAGACACAGAGAUUGAUCACGACAAGGCUCUGGCCCAGGCCAUCAAGGAGACGAAGGAGCAGCACCCGGACAUGUCUGUGACCAAAGUGGUGGUGCAUCAGGAAACAGAGAUCACCCCAGAUUAACCCCAGGCUCACCUCUCCUAUAACCAGCUGGGGGCCAAAACUACCACGGCGCCUGAGGAAGAUCAACUCACAUACAGCCCCCCACCCCUCCCUUGUUCGCUUGUGUCACCACCAUUCCUACAUGUUUACCUCAGAGCCCCGUUCCCUCACACCACCCAACUGCACUGCCUUGCAGACAGACACACACACCACACCAGACUGGACCAGUCCAACCAACCAGAGUGAACAAGCUUCACUUUUGAACUAUGACCUUUGAUCCUCCCAGCCAAUGGAGUUUAACUGAAGGAGAAGGGAACAAACAUAACUCUCCAGAAAACUCCCAGAACAAUCCCUCUCGGUCGCUCUCCCUUCCACUCUACUGCCAAAUCCCGAAUGACUGAACUGGAUCUUCGAAACAACAAAAAUAUUGAAAUAAAGUAUUUGAAUUUUUUUUUCCCUUUCUCCCAUUUUUCUGGAGAUUUUAACGAGAAUUUUCAAAGGGCAUUUGGUCUUUCAAUUGUGUAGAGAUUGCAGGGACUUUGUUCAUAUUUUUCUACGAUUUUUCUUCUCGUCGUAAUUGGAAAAUCGGUAUCUUCAAGGUCAACUUUGAAGGGACUCUUAUUCUGAAGGGGGGAUGAUAACAAGAGAUUGUGGGUGAUUUUUCUGUAACUCUUAAACCGUCAUGAUACGAGGAUCCCUCUUCAAAUCAAACAACUUUACAACCAAUUUUGGUUUCAUCUCUUGUACAGUACAAAAAGUUUGUAAUAUUUAUUUUCCCUCUCAAUGUGAAAAGUAUUUUUUCGUUUUAAGUGUAAAAAAUAUCUAAUUUCAUCCAAACAUUUUUGAGGGCCAAUUUAAUAUCUCUUUGAAGAAAUUACUUCAUUAUCUAUUCUUCUGGAUGAUAUUCACACCUUUCGACAGUUUUUGUUUUUUAAUCGUCGUUGUUGUAGUCACACUGGGGGAAAAAGGGGGCUUCAUCAGAACUGGAGUGAAGGAAGCAGCGUAUUGAAAUUACUAUUUAUAUUUGUUAUUUUAUUUACAUCUUAUUUCUUUAAUUUAAUUUAAUUUUACCUUUAUUUAACCAGGCAAGUCAGUUAUGAACAAAUUCUUAUUUUCAUUUCUGCGUAUGUAUCCAUUAAUUUUAGAUCACCCUGACUUUACAGGUUUGUAGUUGUGUUUUUGUAUUAGGCUACUCACACUGCGUUCCAACCACCAGCUACAUAACAGUCAUCCAUUUGUACCUGGCAUGGCAGAGCAGCAGAGGCAACUUUACAAUGUCCUUCAUUUUCAUGUAUUUAUACUUUUCUACCAAAGGGGGCAGUGUUUACUCAUCUAUAGAGAUGGACCGCUAUACAGACGAUACUGUACUCCACAUGGUUAAAAGUAUGUGGAUACCGCUUCAAAUGAGUGGAUUUGUUUUUUUUUCAACCACACCGAUGGUGACCGGUGUAUAAAAUCGAGCACACAGCCAUGCAAUCUCCAUAGACAAACAUUGACAGUAGAAUGGCUCGUACUUAAGAGGUCAGCGACUUUCAAUGUUGCACCAUCAUAGGAUGCCACCUUUCCAACCAGUCAGUUCGUCAAAUUUCUUCCCUGCUAGAGCUGCCCCGGUCAACUGUAAGUGCUGUUAUUGUAAAGUGGAAACGUCUAGGAGCAACAACGGCUCAGUCGCGGAGUGGUAGGCCACACAAGCUCACAGAACAGGACCGUAAAAAAAUUCUAUCCUCAGAUGCAACACUCACUAACGUCAGCACAAGAACUGUUCAUCGGGAGCUUCAUAAAAUGGGUUACCAUGGCCGAGCUGCCGUACACAAGCCUAAGAGAUUUUGUUGAGAUCGAUGUGGAAGAACUUGACUGGCCUCCACAGAGCCCUGACCUUAACCCCAUCGAAUACUUUUGGGAUGACUUGGAACGCCGACUGCAAGCCAGGCCUAAUCUCUCAACAUCAGUGCCUGACCUCACUAAUGCUCUUGUGGCUAAAGGGAAGCAAGUCUUCACAGCAAUGUUCCAACAUCUAGUGGAAAGCCUUCCCAGAAGAGUGGAGGCUGUUAUAGCAGCAAUGUUCCAACAUCUAGUGAAAAGCUUUCCCAGAAGAGUGGAGGCUGUUAUAGCGGCAAUGUUCCAACAUCUAGUGAAAAGCUUUCCCAGAAGAGUGGAGGCUGUUAUAGCAGCAAUGUUCCAACAUCUAGUGGAAAGCCUUCCCAGAAGAGUGGAGGCUGUUAUAGCAGCAAUUUUCCAACAUCUAGUGGAAAGCCUUCCCAGAAGAGUGGAGGCUGUUAUAGCAGCAAUU